AUGGGUUUGGUUUUCUACGUGUGUAGCGCGGUGAUAGGGGGCCUGUCGUCUGCCCUGAUGUCCAGCUCUCUGGCCAGUGUCCAGGGUGUUGGGGCCCUCGAGGCCUUCUUCGGUGGUUUUAUUCUGCUGUUUGGGGCUCGCUUUGGAGCCGGGUGUACAAGUGGUCACGGUCUGUCGGGCAUGGCUUUAAUGGCGUGGCUCAGCUUCCUCGCUGUCCCCUUCAUGUUUGCUGGCGGUAUCGUCACGGCCUUCCUGAUGAGAACGGGUUCAAGCCCCCUCGACCGCUUCGUCAACGAGACUCUGGCCGUCUAACACUGAAUCCACGGGGUCGUACCUAGCGCGGGAAAGGGGUGGGAGUGCAGAGGUCAACAUCGACAUUCAAUUAAUUUUUUUAUUGAAAAGGUGUCUGUUAAAGGUUAAAAUUGCCAUUAUUUUAUCUAUCAGGAUGCUGUGUUACUGACUUGGUUGUUUUCGUACUGCCCCCCCCCCCCCACACACACACACACCACCACCACCACCACCAUCCCACCCACCCACCUUGUUUAUAGACUAGGUACGACCCUGAUCCAUUCGCCUUUAUUAGGAGAGAGAAUAUUUUUAUAAAAAGAACGACAAGAAAAACCGGACGGAACUGGAACUCUUAUACGCUAUACUGCACUGCUAUUUUUAACUUAUUUCCAAUACUGGGAAUCUUAGACACUUGUUACUAGGUUAGGUUCGACGCAGGGCUUGAAAUUACGCGCAACUCGCUAGAGUGAAAACUGUGACCAAAACAUUAUUGUGUCUCGCGUUAAGUGUGUGCGUGUGAAAACAUUUCUACUGGUUACCAAGCUUCUGCAACACACGGAAUGCGGCUUUAAUGGCUUCAUUAGUCCUGCUUAUUUUCACCGGCAAAUCAAUAUAAUAGAUGGAACAGUUCUACUGGUUACCAAGCUUCUGCAACACACGGAAUGCGGCUUUAAUGGCUUCAUUAGUCCUGCUUAUUUUCACCGGCAAAUCAAUAUAAUAGAUGGAACAGUUUUAAAGACGCAGACCCUAGUUUCUAACCAUAAAAACUGACUCUUAAGUUUAGUUCCAGUGGCGGACCUCGAAAUCCAUUUAGGGAGGGGGCAAUGACAUGAGGCGGAUUGUCAGUGGAACUUUGGGGGAGGUUUGGAGGGGAUCGUAAAACAAUGAAAAUUAAUAUAUAUUAAAAUUAUAACUGUCGCAAAAUCCCCUCCUCCCCCCCCCCCUCCCCCCCCCGAUUCGCCUCUGAGUUCAUCUACGAACCUGUAACACAUUUUGAUAAAGUUACAAUAAAGUAAAACAAGAGUAUGUGACGUUAAAUCAUGGAAAUAUCCUCGAAAAUUAGACUUCGUGUCCAUAACCGUUACUUCUUAGAUGUACGUGCGGUUUGUUUAUAAAUAUUUUUAAAAAUGCAUUUCUUGGUAUUAGAAACACUAAAAAGACCAGAAACACUUCGGAUGUAGAGAAAAGGAUAAACUAAACGAUAACGUCUAGUUAACUGUCUGAUUUCAGUUGUCAAAAACUGAUAUAAUAGGGAAACAUGCGCCGUAAUGUUUAUUUCAUUUUUAUUUUCAUUUCAACUUAUUUUCAUGCUUAUAUCCAAUUAAGGUUCAAGCACGCGUUCCUGGGCACACACCUCAGCUAUUUGGACUGUCUGUCCAGAACAGUGGGUUAGUUGUUAGUGAGAGAGAAGAUGGAGUCGUGGCUUUGCACCUAGCCACAAAGUCGUUAAAAGUCGCUCUGUGUGGGAACCGGUACCGGGCUGCGAACCUUGUACCUACCAGUCUUAUGUCCGAUGGCUUAGCCACGACAGCACCGAGGCCGUUUCGUAAUGUUUAAUAACUAGGGUCUGUCGCUUUAAUGCGUGGUGAAAUAAGUAGACUAAACUACCCAUGUCUGCACUGCUAAGCUAGACCACUAGAUGUAUAAAACCUGGUGACGAUUUUCGUCCUGUUUACUGUAUAACUUGAACAAGCUCUGAAGUACUAUAAUGUAAAUGGAACUAACUGCUUGAUGUGGGUAACAUAACGGUGUCCUCCCAUUUUGCCUACAACCGACUUUGCCUACACUCAGUUUGCCUACAACCCAGUUUGCCUACUCAGUAUGAAAAGAUGACAUCCCCAGUUAAAAGUGUAUGGUCCCUAUGUAUAAAAAUAGCAUUACGCAACAAAAACAAUUAAACUAUUAAAAUGGGAUCAUUGGACUAAUACUACUUACCAUAAGGAGCCUGAAAUCACCUUUGCGCAACUAAGCGCCAAUUACAUUAUUUAUGUUCAUUAUAAUCUUAACUGUUUAUAUAAUACGAUGUUUUUCUAUUGGUUUGAGACACAAAAUAAUAGGGAUUGUCCCACUAUUAACUGGGGAUGUCACUUUUUCAUACUGUAGGCAAACUGAAUGUAGGCAUACCGGGUUGUAGGCAAAGUGAGUUGUAGGCAGAAUGGAAGGAAACCAACAUAACAGUCGGCGAAUAUUAUGUGACGUCAGUGAUAUUAACAAUUUGUGUGACGUAUGUAGUCCUACGACUACGAGGUAAUUAAGGAUGGUGUGACCUAAAUAUAGUCGUCGAUAAACUAUGACGUCAUUGAGAUGUGGAUUUGUGUGACGUAAAAUGAUCGUGGACAAUUUUUGUUUCUUGAAAUCACUGAAAAUGUGCUUAGGAUGUAUCGACGAAAACAGAACGUUGAAUCGAUUCAUACAUGGAGGAUGAUAUCAAUGUAUCGACGAAAACAGAACGUUGAAUCGAUUCAUACAUGCAGGAUGAUAUCAAUGUAUCGACGAAAACAGAACGUUGAAUCGAUUCAUACAUGGAGGAUGAUAUCAAUGUAUCGACGAAAACAGAACGUUGAAUCGAUUCAUACAUGCAGGAUGAUAUCAAUGUAUCGACGAAAACAGAACGUUGAAUCGAUUCAUACAUGGAGGAUGAUAUCAAUGUAUCGACGAAAACAGAACGUUGAAUCGAUUCAUACAUGGAGGAUGAUAUCAAUGUAUCGACGAAAACAGAACGUUGAAUCGAUUCAUACAUGGAGGAUGAUAUCAAUGUAUCGACGAAAACAGAACGUUGAAUCGAUUCAUACAUGGAGGAUGAUAUCAAUGUAUCGACGAAAACAGAACGUUGAAUCGAUUCAUACAUGCAGGAUGAUAUCAAUGUAUCGACGAAAACAGAACGUUGAAUCGAUUCAUACAUGGAGGAUGAUAUCAAUGUAUGUGACGGCUUUUGGAGUGACUUUCCUUAUUCCUUUAAUUUUUUUCCUUUUCUUUUUUAC